AUGUUAUUCGGGUCGGUGGUCUCGACCGCCGUUGUGGCCCUCUCGUUGUGCGUAGACAAUGUGUCUGCUAGCCAACAUGGACCAUUUGGCCAGAAGGCUCGCGACUCUUUGGCCAAACGGACCUCGCCGCUUGUUUCCAGAGAGGCAGAGUCGCACUCAAAACACAAGGAUUUCCGAUUCCUAAGCAAAGAGACAAAGCCCUACCUCGUCAAGCAUCUGCCCGACGUUCACUUCGACAUCGGCGAAAUGUACUCUGGAUCAGUUCCCAUUGACCAGGGCAACAAGUCUAGAGAAUUGUUCUUCAUCUUCCAGCCCACCGUGGGUGAGCCAGUUGAUGAAGUCACCAUCUGGCUCAACGGAGGACCAGGUUGUAGUUCUCUGGAGGGUUUCUUCCAGGAGAACGGGAGAUUUACCUGGCAGCCAGGAACUUUUGCCCCGGUUGAGAACCCUUACUCGUGGGUGAACUUGACCAACAUGUUGUGGGUCGAUCAACCCGUCGGAACGGGCUUCGCUACCGGCAAGCCGACCGCCACCUCCCAGGAGGAAAUCGCAGAGGAUUUCGUCAAGUUCUUCAAGAACUUCCAGGAUAUUUUUGGAAUCAAGAACUUCAAGAUCUAUGUCACUGGAGAGAGUUAUGCGGGCCGAUAUGUUCCUUAUAUCUCUGCGGCAAUGCUGGAUCAGAAUAAUACGGAGCACUAUGAUUUGAAAGGUGCGCUGGUCUAUGACGCCUGUAUCGGCCAGUACGACUAUGUCCAAGAAGAAGUGCCUGCCGUGCCCUUCGUUCAGCAAAACGCCAAUCUGUUCAAUUUCAAUGCCACCUUCAUGGCGGAGCUGGAGAAACUCCAUACGAGCUGUGGUUACGAGGAGUACAUCGAUGAAUACCUGGUUUUCCCUCCCUCGGGUGUUCAGCCUGUUAAGACGUUCAACUUCACGAGCGAAGCCGAGUGCGACGUCUUCAACAUGAUCAACACUGCCGCCAUGACGGUCAACCCUUGCUUCGACGUCUACGAAAUCAACCAGAUGUGCCCUCUCGCGUGGGAUGUGUUGGCUUUCCCCACGGGACUUGUCUACCAGCCCGAGGGUGCCACGGUCUACUUUGACCGAGAGGACGUCAAGCGGGCCUUGCAUGCCCCCAGCGUUAAGUGGGCCGAGUGUGCGGAUCAGCCCGUCUUCGUCGGUGGCUCCGCAGGACCUGAGCAGGAGGGUGACCUGUCGGCCAACCCGAUCGAGCACGUUCUCCCGCAGGUGAUCGAGGCGACGAACCGUGUGCUGAUCGGCAACGGUGACUACGACAUGAUCAUCCUCACCAACGGAACGCUGCUGGCGAUCCAGAACAUGACCUGGAACGGACAGCUGGGCUUCCAGUCGGCGCCCAGCGCUCCUAUCAACGUUGAGCUGCCUGACCUGCAGUACGCCGAUGUGUAUGCGAAGAAUGGCGAGGCCGGCGUGACCGAUGUUCAGGGAGUGAUGGGCAUCCAACACUACGAGCGUGGACUGAUGUGGGCACAGACCUACCAGAGCGGACACAUGCAGCCGCAGUACCAGCCUCGGGUGACCUACCGUCAUCUCGAGUGGCUGCUGGGCAAGACCGAGUCGUUGUAG